AUGCGAACGUUCAAAGUGAUUUUCGUUGUUCUUUCCUCCCUGUUGAAGCUUUCCGAAUGCUUUCAGAAUAAUGCUCCUGUUCUUCUUCCUAAUCACAAUAACAUUGAGACAAUAAGGACACAGAGUGGCACACAAAGCACUUUGUUCUCAACGUCUUCUCCAAGUGAAACGUCCAAAAUUGAUAAUGCCUACUAUUCGCCAGCACAAAUGCCGUCCUACAUGACAGCAUCCUCGUCUGGAGGCCAAAAGCGGCGCAUCACGUUGACCCGAUUUUUGUCGCAAUACGUCAAGGAUCAUCCAGAAUACAAAACACUCAAGAAUAUUUAUUUGGCUGUCCAAAUGGCUUGCAAGACAAUCUCUCAGCUGGUCAAUCGAGCUGGAUUGGUCCUGGAUACGACGGAGCAAGAUGAAGGGAGCUCUGAUUUUUCGGAUGGACGGUACUACAGCAUGAAACGUCUCGACAAGCUUUCCACGACCGUCAUGAAGAAUGCUCUCAAAUUUACUGGAACCGUGCAGAUGGUAGUUCCUGAAGCCAAAAUGGGAAGCGAAAAGCCAGAGGAGCACCAGCCUGGGGUUCUCAUUGCCUAUGACAAGCAUCAUCUAGCCUGUUUGGAUCCAAUGGACGGAUCUGGCAAUCAAGAUGCUGGAAUUUGCACAGGAACAAUCUUUGGUGUCUACGAUCGACCUGAACCGCUCCAACAGGAUACGUCUUCCGAAGAGGACGACCAACAUCUUCUAGAAAACAUUCUGCAGCCGGCUCGCAACAUGCGGGCUGCCGGGUACUGUAUCUAUAGCAGUGCAACAGUCUUGGUGUUGACCUUGGGAGAAGGUGUCUAUGGAUUCACGUUGGAUCCUCAAAUAAAUGAAUUUGUACUGACGCAUGAGAAUGUCACCAUUCCGCAGCGAGGAAAUGUCUAUUCUUGCAACGAGGCCCAUUCCGAGGGAUGGCAGAAUGAAGGAUGGAAGCAAUAUCUACGAAAUCUCAAGCUUGGACUGGGAGAAUCCAAGAAGCAGUAUGCCCAUCGAUAUGUAGGGAGUAUGGUGGGUGAUAUCCAUCGCACUUUACUCUAUGGUGGAAUCUUUGCCUAUCCUUCCUGUACGCAAAGGAUGCAAGGGAAUCUACAAUUGUUGUACAAGACCAGUCCUCUAGCAUUUGUUGUAGACCAAGCGGGAGGAAAGGCCAUGGAUGAAGAUGGGAAUGAUCUGCUGGAUAAAAAGCCGGAACGGAUUCACCAGAAGUCGCCAUGCUUCAUGGGAUCGCCUAGAGACAUGGACGAGCUCAACAGCUACCUAAAGAAGAAACCUUCACAAUGA